CAAUAAAACACGUCCCGUCUGAGAAACUCCACCGCACAUGGGCGCAUCAACAGCAGAUGCAGCGUCAAACACGGCCAUGAGAAGCCGUCCUCGCGCCAGCGCCGGCCCCGGAUUGGAGGGAAAUGCUCCCCCGCCAAAUCCCUCCAAUUGCUGCCCCGCAUUCUCGGCCAGAACCCCGAAGCUGCCAUGAGCUCUCGCAGGCUGGACGCCGUGGAAAACAAUAUAUUCGCCAGAUGCCAACUCUGAGAUGAGCCGUAGAGCAUCGGUCCGCACUCUCCUGUUCGACGCCACUUGCUUUCUUUUUUCUUCACCUCCACCUGUUCCCUGCUUCGCCUUCUGUGCCUCCGGACUCUUAGCCUGAGCGUAGGGCUGUUACUCCUCCACCAAACUUCACUUGCUGCAGCCGGUUCCCCUCCCCCACCUGCUCCCGCUGCUCUUCUCCUCGCAUUCACAUUUCACAAACCUCUCUCCCAAUUAAGAUCCUGUGGUUAAAAUCUAUCAUGGAGCCUCUCAAUGUGUUGAUGGUCGGUACCGGCGAGUACACCACCGGCUGGGUUGGCACCGGUGCUUCUGGCUCCGACAAGAAGGUCGGCGUCGUCGGCCUCAGCUUGUUUGACCUGCGCCGUCGCGAGAAGGUCAACAAGCUGAGCAUGGUCGGCGUCAACGGAAAGAAGUUCCCCGCCAUUCGCGAGCACCUCCACAAGAACAUCAGCCAGGCCUACAACAACCUCGAUACCUCUUUCGAGUCAUUCCCUGGCAACGACCAGGUCGAGCCAGAUGCCUACAAGACGGCCAUCGACGCCCUCAAGGCGGGCGACGCCAUUACCAUCUUCACCCCAGACCCUACUCACUACCCCAUCGCCCGCUACGCCAUUGAGCGCGGCAUCCACGUCAUGAUCACCAAGCCCGCCGUCAAGGUCCUCGCCCAGCACCAGGAGCUGGUCGAGCUCGCCGAGAAGCACGGCGUCUACGUCUACAUCGAGCACCACAAGCGCUUCGACCCCGCCUACAACGACGCCCGCUACAAGGCGCAGACCCUCGGCGACUUCAACUACUUCUACAGCUACAUGUCGCAGCCCAAGUCGCAGCUCGAGACCUUCAAGGCCUGGGCCGGCAAGGACUCGGACAUCUCCUACUACCUCAACAGCCACCACAUCGACAUCUGCGACUCCAUGGUCAAGAGCCGCGGCUACGUGCCCCUCGCCGUCACUGCCUCCUCCUCCAAGGGUGUCGCCGUCGACCUCGGCUGCGACCCGGCCACCGAGGACACCAUCUCCCUGCUCGUCACCUGGGGCAAGACGGACGACGCCAGCAAGCGCGCCGUCGGCGUCUACACUGCGUCGUGGACCGCGCCCCAGCGCGCCGGCGUCCACUCCAACCAGUACUUCCACUACCUGGCCGCCAACGGCGAGAUCCGCAUCGACCAGGCCAAGCGCGGCUACGACGUCGCCGACGAUUCUGUCGGCCAGCUCGCCUGGUACAACCCCUUCUACAUGCGCUACGCCCCCGACGAGGACGGCAACUUUGCCGGCCAGACCGGCUACGGCUACAUCUCGAUGGAGAAGUUCGUUGACGGGUGCCGCUCCGUCAACUCGGGCAAGGCCACGCCCGCCGACCUGGACAAAAAGGAGCUCCCCACUCUAAAGAACACAAUUGCCACCACGGCUAUCCUGGAGGCUGGACGACGGAGUAUCGACGAGGGCCGGGAGGUCAAGAUUGUGAUUAAGGAUGACAAGUGGUCGCUCGAGUAAGCGGUGACUUUUGAGAUGAAAUAGCAAUAAGUCGGUAGCGGUGCUUUUCUGGGUUGUUUUUGGAUAAGGGAACAAAAAUCUCAUAAUGACCGAAA